AUGGACGCGAAGGUGGGCGGCGGCGGCGAGGAGGAGGAGAACGUGGACUCGGGCGCCGAGACCGGAGGGUCUGACUACAGCCACCUGUCCUCUACCAGCAGUGAGCUUUCGGUGGAAGAGGCGCAAGACCCUUUCCUGGUUAGCAUACACAUCAUCGCAGACCCCGGGGAAUCCCAGCCGCUGCAGGAGGCCAUCGACAAGGUCUUGGCAUGGAUCCACCCUGACCUUCCCCUGUUCCGGGUGUCUGAGAGGCGGGCUGGGCGGCGGCGGAGGAAGCCCCCCAAGGGGGCGCAGCCAGCGCUGGCGGUGGUGCUGUUCCUGCAAGAGGAAUACGGUGAGGAGCAAAUCUUGCAGCUCCACCGCAUGCUGCAGCGGCCACCCUGGCGCCACCACCACACGGAGCGCGUGCAAGGCAGGUUCCUGCCCUACCUGCCCUGCAGCCAGGACUUCUUCACGCUGGCCCCCGGGACCCCUCUGUGGGCCAUCCGACCUGUGCACUACGGCAAGGAGAUCGUGCGCUUCACCAUCUACUGUCGCCACGACAGCUACGCUGACAGCCUCCAGUUGUAUGAGCUGAUCCUGCGCCGGAGCCCCAGCCAGAGGAAAGCGGACUUCUGCAUCUUCCCCAUCUUCUCCAAUCUGGAUGUAGACAUCCAGUUCUCCCUGAAAAGACUGCCCUGUGACCAGAACCCGGUGCCCACCGACUCCUCUCUGCUGGAGUUCCGAGUCAAGGACAUAGGCGAGCUGGUCCCUCUCCUGCCCAACCCCUGCAGCCCCAUCAGUGAGGGUCGCUGGCAGACCGAGGAUCACGACGGCAACAAGAUCCUUCUGCAGGCACACAGGGUGUACAAGAAGUUCCCCAAACCCAGCAGAGCACACUGCUCCUCCGAGAAGAAAGCUCACUCCACUCCUUCACCGAGCGCCACUGUACCAAGCCAUACAUCAAGUGGCAGCCAACCGUCCCUGCACAAUGACCGUUUCCUGGGGCCUGGCCAGACAGGCCUGCCUAGUGGGCACCAGCAAGAAUUUGCCAGGCAAACCAGCAGCACCCCCAGCGCCCCCUGGUCUUUCCAGAGAAGCAAAUCCUUGUUUUGUUUGCCCACCGGAGGCCCCUCCCCAGCUUCCUCAGCUGAACCACAGUGGUUUUCAAACACAGAUCCGCCAGAACACAGGGUAUCGAACUGUAGGCAUAGCCACCUCCUCUCCAUCGAUGACUUAGAGGGUGCCCAGGAGACAGAUGUGGACACAGGCCUGCGACUCUCUUCCUCUGACCUGUCUGUGGUCUCUGCGUAUUCUGCACCCAGUAGAUUCUGCAGCACUGCAGAAACCUCCCUCCCCUCUGAAAAAUGCAGCAGCCGUUGGUCAACAUGGAAGGGGCCCCGAGAAGGACCGCUGCCUGCUGUCAGCAGGGUGACCACAGAGGCCUCCUGGGCUUCCCUCCCUUUCUUUACCAAAAGGUCUGCCAGAUGCUCAGUGAAAACUGUCUCUGCUCCCUCGGCUUCUAGUGCCUCCUCACUCACAGAGCCAUCCCCAAAGGCCUCUUGUGAUGCUCCCAAAGCCACACAGACUGGCCAAGAUGCGUUACCACCCCCAGAGUUGGCUGGUCCUAGGGAUAACGACAUGGAGGAGUUCUACAUCUGA